ACCUUUUCUCUCCGGGUCGCGUUUCCGGGCGGAUGGCGCGCUGACGGACGUGUCGGGCCGGGGUUCCUGGGACUUGAGCGGGACGGGCGUGAGCGACCAUGGCCUGGCAGAGCAUCCCGGUAGCCCGGCUGGAGGGCGUUUCGCAGGAACAGUUCACGCAGCAGCUCUACCCGCAGAGAAAACCUCUAGUGUUGGAAGGAAUCGAUUUGGGGGCAUGUACAAGCAAAUGGACAGUGGAUUACCUGAGCCAAGUUGGAGGGAAAAAAGAAGUAAAGAUUCAUGUUGCUGCAGUUGCCCAGAUGGACUUCAUUAGUAAGAACUUUGUAUAUAGAACCUUACCUUUUGAUAAGUUGGUUCAAAGGGCAGCUGAAGAAAAGCAUGAAGAAUUCUUUAUUUCAGAGGAUGAGAAGUACUACUUACGGUCACUUGGGGAAGACCCUAGAAAGGAUGUUGCAGAUAUCAGAAAGCAGUUUCCUUUACUGGAAGGAGAUAUUAAGUUUCCAAAAUAUUUCAAAGAAGAGCAGUUCUUUUCCAGUGUUUUUCGAAUUAGCUCACCAGGAUUACAACUUUGGACCCACUAUGAUGUAAUGGAUAACUUCUUGAUACAAGUGACAGGAAAAAAACGUGUUGUACUAUUCAGUCCUCGAGAUGCCCAGUAUCUAUAUUUAUCAGGUACUAAAUCAGAAGUACUGAAUAUAGAUAAUCCAGACUUAGCUAAAUAUCCACUGUUUUGCAAGGCUAGAAGGUAUGAAUGUUCCCUUAAAGCUGGAGAUGUAUUAUUCAUUCCUGCUUUAUGGUUCCAUAACGUAAUCUCUGAAGAGUUUGGAGUGGGAGUGAAUGUUUUUUGGAAGCACCUUCCAUCUGAAUGCUAUGAUAAAACGGAUACCUAUGGAAACAAAGACCCUACGGCAGCAUCAAGAGCUGCACAAAUUCUGGACAGAGCUUUAAAAACACUGUCUGAAUUACCAGAGGAAUACAGGGACUUCUAUGCACGGAGAAUGGUCUUACACAUUCAAGAUAAAGCCUAUAGUAAAAACUUUGAGUAAAUAAUGAAGUGAAUGCAAUGAAUAUAAACUUUGCAAUACAGUUCAACUCAAAUAUUAGAAAAGUAUAACAUAUAAAAUAUUUUUUAAAGAUUGAUUCUUUGUUAAAAUAGGAAAGAUAAAUCAAUCUCAGACUUAUAGAUUAAAUAUGAAUUUGUAUUUAUAUGGUUUCUACUUAAUACAGUAGGUUGAAAGAAUGUUGUACUAGGUGGGACCACUCUAGCUUUCAGAUACAAAUAAUUAAAAAUCCAACUUAAAAUGACUUAAUAAAAUAGAUUGGUUGGCUCAAUCGGUUAAGUGGCUCAGGUCAUGAUCUGUUUGUGGGAUUGAGCCCCAUAUCGGGCUCCAUGCUGACAGUGGUGAGCCUGCUUGGAAUGCUCUGUCCCUCUCUGUUCUUCUCCCCCGCUUGUGCUCUCUCUGUUCUUCUCCCCUGUUUGUGUGCUGUCUCCCUCUCAAACUUAAAAAAAAUAAAAUGACUUAAUAAAAUAUACUGAAUCAUUAUACAUGAAGUCAACUGAUAAACGGGCUUCAGUAUUUCUGAUCCAGUGAUUCAGUAGUGUCACCAAGAACCUAGGUUUGUUUCCCCCAUUUUCAAAUGCAGCAUUGGCAUCAUCCUAAGGCUGGCUACCCUCGUGGUCACGGGAUGAUUGCCAAUAGCAGUUGGAGCCAUGUGCUUCUUCAUUUACAUGCAGAGGAGAAGUCAGGCUGGAUUCCAAGGGCCUUCUCUUAAUAUGCAAAAGCUUUCCCAGGGUCUCAUUGAUCUAAAGUGGCUUAGACCUGUCUACUGCUGAGCCAGUCACUGGGAAACGGUAUGGAAUAACCCUUAGAACAACUGGGUCUCCUGGAGCUUAUUAGUAGAAUCCUCUUCCUCUGAGGUACAUGAGGUAUACAUGCGGACAGCAUGGAUAAUUUUUAAAAUUAGGAUUCAGGUUAGGAAAAGAAGAUGAGCAACCAAUGAUGUCUACUACAUUUUUCCUUUGAGCUUUUUAAAACAUACAGUUGUCUAGGCACCAACUUUGUAGACUUUAUUCGGUAUGUUUAGGGUUUGGUAUAGUAUCUGUAUCUGGUAGACCUCAUAGGUUGUUUUGAUGUAUAAUCAGGAUUGAGAACAACUGGAUUAAAUGAUAGUAAUUUGGA